UUAACAAACUAACCCAAUGACCAAAGUAGAGCUAUUUUUAUAUUUUAUUGUACUCGUAGUGCCCGAAAAAAUCCAUUCCUUGACGGGUGGUGAGCCGGUACUGCGUCAAAAUUAUGGCUAUGUUGUUCAGAUCCAUGAUGACAAUUUCUUGGCAAUUGGAACACUUUUCACAGCCCGCUAUAUACUGACAGUCGCCCAUAGUUUCCCCUCAAGAAUAAAACUAGAAAAACUGACGGUAGUUGCUGGGAACGAUAAAUUAUGGCUUAAGAACAAGGGUCUAUCGGUGGCUGCGAUACACAGACAUCCCAAAUUCUCAUCUCUAACGUUACGCAACGAUAUCGCCGUUCUAAGAGUUAAAAAUCCCAUACAAUAUAAUCGUUUCAUUAGCUAUAUAUCAUUAUGUACAAAACCACUACCCAUUGAGAAGAAUACCACCGAAAUUCUGAUAGUUGGUUGGAAUUUCUUAGAUCUAUUGGAAUCGAUGAAAACGAUACGUGUCGAUAUCGAUAGUCCGACCAAGUGUCGAUCGAAAUUUGUACAAGUGCCGGAGGGUGUUUCGUGUGCCGUUUCCACAUCGAAUCCACAGGGAAUCUGUUAUGGCGAUUCGGGUAGUCCCCUGAUAGUUGGCGGAGAAUUGUGCGGCAUGGUGAUUGGGUUUCGACGUUGCAACAAUUCCCGAUAUCCGGGCCUCAUCACCGAUGUAUAUUUUCAUCGCGAAUUCAUCUCCAAUGCCAUACUUAAGCUGGACAAGGAUAUGUUAAAGGUUUAAUCACCACGAAGGACUCACCUGCAAGGAAAUAAAAAAAAGAAGAGAAAUUUCAAUUAAAGUUUGAAUAAAGAUGUACUUUCAUGGCAGUAUAUAUAUAUAUA